AUGGAGUUUACCGAGACUCCCGUUCACACGCCCGAGGAUCUCGUAAAUAAGCAAUCAGUCACCCAAAGAACAUCCACUCCUUACCCAUCUCAUCCCAUCCCCCAGCUCCAGGGCCCGUUUGAAGAAUCAAUCGUGGAAACGACCGAUGGUUCAGCAACUAAAUGGGUGGUUGAUAUUGACGCACAAACACGGCGGCGCGAUCUGUUAGAGAAUGAUGAAUAUGAGCGGCUCUGUGGGCGAAAAUGGCGCCAAAGGGCCUCUGAAAAAUAUCAUCCGUUUUGGAAAUUGGUUUCCCAAAUGGUCUUCGGAGUUCACCUCCUAGCCAAGAGCCUGGCAAAAUCCGAAGCCUCAGUUAUGAAGAUUCUACAGAAACAUGUCAAUGAGUUGGAUGGCUUUUUGGAAAGGACCACCGAAGACUUUUUGAUCGUCCGACUAGAUGUUCGCACUCGAAUUCAGUAUCUCAGUCUACCACUGGGAAACCUCGAUGUUUUCGAUGAGAUGCUGGGAGACCGGAAUUUCCGACUAUCAGUUGUGUCCUAUAAUGAUCAGAUUGAACAUUCCAUUGACAGAUUCACCCUUGCUAUCACAGACUCUCUCAAAGACCUACAAAAGGCAAAGGAGGCCUUGGGUGCACUGUGGUUCUACUUCCGCAAACUUACAGACGAGGGUUGCUUCAAGUCCGAGAGCCUCAGAGACUUUCAUCAGGCCAUGGUGGACAAUAUGGAGGGCUGGAUUGUCGCCCUCUCAAAACUUCGUCGACGGGGCACUGCUCUUCAGAAGGCCUUGACUCAACUUGGCUUAGCGACUACUGAAAUGCAACGACGGGUGGGGAUAGCGAGUAGAAAGGAUGUGCGAUCGUUUAUUAAAUAUACCAGCAAGAUUGCAGAUCGAAACAAGUCAGUCAAACAAAGACUCUUUGAUAGAGCACGGCCGGUAUCAGAAAAACCUCUUCCGCACGAUCCAUUAUCAAGGCCAAAGAGGACACCAACGGCUUCCAAGCAGUUUGAGAGCCCUCCUGCGACAGCUAAACACCAACCCGACACCCCUGCGGGCCAAUGCACCCCGAGCGAUGGCAUUCGGCACAGGAUUAUGAGUCGGGCCAGAUCAUGCAGUGCUCUUAUAGCAGAAGCCGGCGCAGGCGCCAGCAACGAACCACCACCGCCCGUUCCAUCGACAUCCGGAAGGCUCAAACGCAAGCUCUCCAAGCCUUUCCUACCCAAACGAUCUGCUAGCGAGAAAAUCGACUUGGCCCAAGCUCGACCGAAAACCGCACCUUCAGAACCCUCACGACUCUCACGCAACAUCUCUAUAGAGCAACUCCGGGCAUUCUGCACCACCCCACGCCCUCGAACCGGACAAUCCACAGUCAAAUCACCCACACAAGCACGACAAGAGGCCCACAACCAACUUACAAGUGGCCGAGAGACCAUGAAGGACCAGAUAUCCCAGUUUCUCAAGACGGACCGCGUAGUCGAAGCCUGGGAUAGCGUAUCCAAGAAUGCGUGCUGUACACUCCCGAUCGCCAAGGCGAGAGACUGGCCCAGCAGCAUUUUCCGAACCAAGUCUUCUACUCCCUUCGAAAACAAGGGCAACACAAGCCUCUCCAGGCUGGACCUGGAGAGGCAGAUGUCCUGGGUACAGGAGACAUUCGACGUAUUGCCUACAUAUUCGUUCAAAACAAAACCUGACAUGUCACCCCGGAUCCAUGUUCUCUCGGUACAGACGGCCCACGAGGACGCUAAUGGGGUGGCUGAGAGAGAAACGAGUUUGGAUUUGAAAAGUGAAGUCGGGUCGAGUAUCACCGCACUGCCGACUGUGCCGCCAUCCGUUCCACCGAUUGCAAUGGAGCAUCGGUCUAGAUUGAUCGACUGUGCUUAA